GUUUUUGUGAUCGCGUUACUUUGACAGAGUAAAUUUUCUGCCAACCCUGUCGUAUAACCUCGAUUUAAGUAAUCAACUUUUAUUGAGCAAUUGACUGAAUAAUUUUUAGUAUUGUUGGCUAUUGGUCUUCUGUUCGGUAGACGAAAAAUGGCAUGGAAUUAUGAUAAUAUGUCUUGGACAGAUGUACGAGACUUGUUCAGAACUUGGCGAGAGGAUUCUGAACGCAAGAGCGAAGAUGUGGUCGAGCUAUGGGAAUCCAUAUUAGCAGACAAGAUCCAUAAAUUGGGAAACGAAAAAUAUUUAGUCUUAGAACAAGUAUGUGUGGCUGCCUUGGAUUGCAAUCGUUUAUCAAUUGCUAAGGAAUGCAUUGAUUUAUUGGAGCAAGAAUUUCCAGGCAGCUUGAGGGUGCUGAAAUAUCACGCAAUGCACAUGGAAGCCUUGGAAAAAUAUGAUGAGGCCCUCAAGAUUUUGGACUCCAUAAUCAAAAGAGAUGAAACUAACGCCGCACCAAGAAAAAGAAGAUUGGCAAUUCUAAAGACACAAGGUCGAAUAACUGAAGCUAUAAAAGAGCUCACCGAGUAUUUGAAAAAGUUCAUGAGUGACCAAGAAGCAUGGCACGAAUUGUGUGAUUUAUAUCUGCAAGAGCAAGAGUAUGCAAAAGCAGCAUUUUGCAUGGAAGAAUUAAUUUUACACAACCCUCAUAGUCAUUUGAUCUAUCAGCGAUAUGCAGAAAUUAAAUAUACUCAGGGCGGAUUUGAUAAUAUGGAAUUGGCAAAAACUUAUUUCGCUCAAGCAAUCAAGUUGAAUCCCAACAACAUCCGAGCACUUUAUGGGCUAUUAUUGGUGGCCAACAACAUUGCUUUAUCAGCGAAGUGUCCCGCAUCAAAGAAAAAGGAUGCGAUAAAGCUUGGCAGUUGGGCUGCAACUCAAAUUCAGAAAAGGUAUGCUGUAAAAGCGACAGAAAAAGACGUUAAAAAUGUUAUAGAUGUACUAGGGCAAUUACAAUUAGAAUCAUAGACAUAAAUUAUAUAAAUGUAUAUGUGUCUGGUACAUUCAUGGAUGUACAGGGAGAUGCUAUUUAUUGAUAUGUUCAAAACAUUGAUCCAUUGGAACUAUGAAACCUCCCUAGUACACCACGUAUGCAUACAGUAUACGUAUAUAUCAAGUCAAGUAUAUAUAAGUAUACACACUGCUAAUUUGCAUUUUACUUCAACUUCACACGGUACGUAAAUAUGAUGUAUUUCGUGUAAAUCACUGUUGUAAAAAAUUAUCUUUCCAGUAGUUGUAUUUCCUAUUUGUGAAGGUUUGUAAAGGAAUAUGUUUAUAUUGUUAUUUAAUAUUAUUCAGCAUGAAUAUUAAAUUUAUUGAAUGAAAAAGUA